ACUAUUUUCGUCGUCUGUCGGAAAGAAAUCUUCGAACGGUGAAAAAUGGAUCGGUAGCUGGGAAAGAUACUUUUAAGCGAAAUACGCAAAGAAAACGGCUUUUGUCCGCUAUUUCAGCGAUUUUUUUUGUGUUGUAAUCAGCAGGAAUAAUUUUUAACAACGACAAGCCUACACCACCCGUCAGUUCCAGCAAAAACAACACAAUUAUUGCAAUAGAAUUACUUCUGCACCACACAACACCCCACUAUUGUACAGCCAGCCAAGCCCACAAAGAAAAGGUGAAACGCAAAAAAAAAUUAAGUCGAAAACCAAAACGGAAGAUAGGAAUAAAUCCAAAUUUUUUGCUUGCUUUGCCGAUGUGAAGAGAGAAAUCAGCAGUCGCCUACACCAACAAUCCAACUACUAAUCAAUUUGACCCAAACCCCGUCAUACGCAGUCGCCAUCAAGAAUACAAUUGCUAACCGAACGAAUCAAAUUAAUUCACACACUCGCAUUUCUUGGCAAUUGGAUUAAAAAAGUAUCACAGUCAGAAAAAAUAUUUUCAACCAUCCACCAUUUUGAAUGAGCUGAGACAGCAGAAAGAGCGAGAGCGCAACGCAGUCGAAGUAGCAGCAGCGCCGCUGACAUCAACGUUGUUUCUUGCAGCUGUCGGAGGACAAUCCGUCACAAACCCCCUUCUAGCCUGAUCCGUUCCUACUAUUUGAAUCUAUUAGAAAGCCGAAACUGUGUCUGGUGUUUAUUCUUUGGCCACAAAUAAUCUCCAGCGAAAACGCCAACUCCCGAAAAUAUGGUUGAGUUGGAGGAAAAAAAUGCCAGCACAGCUGCAGCAGGCGCGAAGCAACAUCAUCACAACGGCAACGCAGGGAACGGGAACAACAACCCUAGAGGUUCUGGAGACAGUGGGUUAUGCGGCAGUGGAGCUUCUUCCAGCAACACGGAUAACAGCUGCAGCCAGAGUCAAUCAGACGGCCAGAAUGAGCUGACGCGCUACAGUAGCGAGGAUGUGUCGGGCAAUGAGUCGAGUGAAGCACCCAACAUGACCGAGGUGGAGCGGCAGGCCGAGCUCAACCGACACAAGGAGGAGAUGCAGAAGAAGCGCCGUAAGAAACGCAUCAGUUCCUCUCUGCAUUCGUCAACGUUUCAAGAACUCUACAAGCUGACCGGGGAAAUACUUGGCGAGGGCGCUUACGCUUCGGUACAAACUUGCGUUAACAUUUACACCGACCUGGAAUAUGCUGUGAAGGUUAUUGAUAAGAUACCGGGACAUGCGCGUGCGCGUGUCUUUCGAGAAGUGGAGACAUUCCACCAUUGUCAGGGACAUCUGGGUAUCUUGCAAUUGAUCGAGUUCUUCGAAGAUGACGAAAAGUUUUAUUUGGUGUUUGAGAAAAUCAAUGGCGGUCCUCUGCUGACCCGCAUCCAGGAGCACAUCUGCUUCUCGGAGCAUGAGGCUGCUCAGAUAAUCAAAGAAAUUGCCUCCGGACUGGAUUUUCUGCAUAAGAAGGGCAUUGCCCACCGUGAUCUCAAGCCGGAAAACAUUCUGUGUGUUAAAACCGACUCGUUGUGUCCGAUCAAGAUUUGCGACUUUGAUUUGGGCUCUGGCAUCAAGUUCACCACGGAUGUCUCCUCGCCAGCAGCCACUCCCCAGCUAUUGACACCAGUCGGAAGCGCCGAAUUUAUGGCCCCUGAAGUUGUCGAUUUGUUUGUGGGCGAGGCAAACUAUUACGACAAGAGAUGCGAUUUGUGGUCCUUGGGAGUCAUUGCUUACAUCCUGCUCUGUGGCUAUCCGCCAUUUUCGGGCAACUGUGGAGAGGAUUGCGGCUGGAAUCGCGGUGAAAACUGUCGCACUUGCCAGGAGCUCCUCUUCGAGUCAAUUCAAGAGGGACGCUUUAACUUUCCGGAGGCCGAGUGGCAUGAUGUAAGCGAUGAGGCCAAAGACCUUAUUAGUCGUCUGCUUGUGAAGCAGGCCUCAAAGCGUCUGAGCGCCGAGGCUGUCUUGAAUCAUCAUUGGAUUCGUAUGUGUGAGCAUGAGCCGCCGACCAGCAGGCAGUCUGGCCGCCAUAAGGCAUUGCAGACCCCAAGCAAUAUUCGACGUAAUCACCAGUCAGCGAGGGAAAUUUCGCAGUUUGCCGAAUCUGCCAUGGCGGUUAAGCGCGUGAUCUUGCAGCAUUUCUCCAUGCGCUAUGACUACAUGAAAGAGCGUCCCAACAUCUACCAGCCAUCACAGGCUUAUAUGGAUGCAUAUAGCGAUGAGAACUAUAAUCCCAAGCCGCCCUCUCAUUACACUCGCAAUCGCUCACAGCGCACAGCAGCAGCAGCAGCUGUGGCAGGUGGCCUGUCUAGCUACGGAGGACGUAUGUCUUCGAUUCAUGGCCAGCGGACGAGCAGCCGUCACUCAUCCCGAAUUGCUUCACGCAACGCAUCUGCGAUAUAUCCAAACAGUGGAGGAUUCAAGACGUUGAAUGUUCACGAGGAAGACGAUGACGAUGACGCACUCGAGGCCUUUGGCCGUUUGGAUAAUGAUGACGUCGAGUGGGCCGAGUCGACACGUCGCUAUCAGCAGCAGCGCGAGCUGCAGCAACAGCAGGAGGAGACGCUUGGCGAUGAUCAUGAGGACCUCUAUAGGGAAAGCGUCAGCGAGGGUGAUGAGGGCGACGAGGACUAUCAACACUAUAAGCAUUAUUGGCGCGAGUUGGACGAAGAUGAGGGCGAUGAUUAUUUGUAUGAACAGCAGCAGCAACGCGUCGAUGAUAUAGCCGAAGAGGAGGAGGAGGAGGAGGAACGAAACAAACAACAUGCUGACAAUCGAAACCAAUUGAAAGCUAAACUGGAACAAUUUGGCGAAGCCAAUGAAAACGAACAGCAGCCGGAGAAUGGUUGGUAUGAGAAGGAGAAAGAUCUUAUUAUGGAUAAUAUGGAAAAAUCGAAGCAAAGUGAAUUUGCUAAACUCACAAUAACAACAACAGCAAUGCGCAAUGAUGCGCAGGAGAUGGAAGAGAUAUGGUUAAAAGAAAGGAAAGAGAAGGAGAUAAAAGAGCAGGAUGAUGUUGAUGGAAAUGAGAGGCAAGGACCAUCAAGUGAUAUUAGUGCUACUACCGUCACCGAUAAUAACAAGAAGCAAACACCAGUUAAGACUACAACAACACACAUUAGCAACAUAAUGCAACAAUGUGAGCAGCAGCAAACUGGCGAUAAUGAUGAUGUUAAACUAUUGGAUAGUAUUAGUGAUUUAAAUGAAAAGCUACCUGAAAUUUAUGAGACUGCAAAUAUUGUUGUCAACUCAGCGGCAGUGCAAUCAACAACUACAAGAACAACAGCAGCAAACGCAACAUGCCCACCAAUCGAUAACAUAGAUGAUGAUAAUGAUUUGAAAGCGAUCAAUAUCGCGCCGACGACAACAGCAGCUGAGGAGACAACAAUGCGAACGGCUUUUGGUAAAACAGACGAACAGCAAAAACAACACCAACAGCAACAGACAGGCUACAGCAAACCAAUACGCAAUGUUUAUUUUGCACUUGAUGCAUAUCAAAACGACGAGGAUGCCGACAUCGAUGAGGAUGAAGAUGAAAUGGAGCCACAGUGCAAUAGUUCACCAGUUUUUAAGCAACCGCUGCCAUCUAUUUAUAAUGCCUAUACACGAAAGCAGCGCCAGCAGCAGCAACGAAACAUUGUCCCACGGUACCAAAGUCAGGUUCCGGUUUCGGGUCAAAGCCAACCUGAAAAUUGGCGCUAUCGCACUCAUCACUCGGAGCAGCAACAGCCGGCCGCUGGAUAUCGGAAGUACCGCCCACCCUUUAGCACUGGCGGGGGCGGUGGCCACUAUGGCAAUCAGCAGCGCAAUUAUUUAGGUAGCUUCUCGCACAGCGGCGGUGCCGCCGGCUACAAGGUAGCUCCAUCAAUGCAGCCACCACCGCAGCGAAACAACAGCGCUGGGAGCAGCAGCGGCAGUGGCGGUUCCCCCCCAUCCGAUGAACAGUCUACAUUGUCGUCAUCAGUGAUCCACAACUGGCGCCAAGAUUGCGUCUAUGUAAAUGCCCCCCCAAUGCGCAGUUGUGGAAUGAAUCAGCCGCAGUCACGGGCCGCUGUGCAUCGGCCACAUCAACAGCCAAGAAUUGGCAGCGGUCGCUUUGCCCAUUCGCAACCAGCCCAGUUGAUGGAGGAGCUACCCAUCAUGCGCAUUGGUCUUUCACCGCCAAGCGAGAGCUUGCUGCUGCAGCGACGUAUGAGGCAGCACCAGAGAGCCAACGAUCUGUCAGAGUAUUGUGAAGCUGCAACUGAUAGUUGCUAGGCAUGCCUUAUGCCCCCUAUCAGCUUUUAGAAUUGUGUAACUUUCAAAACCUGCGCCAAAAUACAUAGUUUUGUGGCGUUUUCUACGCACAUUCUCAAAUUCAACUUUCCAGUUCUAUACUUUGUUUGUUUGGUGCAACAUUUCAACUACACGCAAACAUUUCAUUUAACCGUAAACGCAAAAAUGCAUAAUCCUACUUAAAAUUCCGUCAUUGCAAAAGAUACAGAUAUAAAAUUGUGGUAAGGAAGGAAAAUGAUUAAAAGAGCGAAUGGCCUUCAAAGAGCAAUUGUCGACGCUGUUUUGAAACGAAAAACCAAAGUCGUUCAAGAUAAAAAAGUACUUUUUUUAUAAAAAAGAUUCAAAAAUUGUAAUUUGUAUUGAACUAUAAUUUUUUAUUAUGAAAAAUAAAAACGAAUACAAGAAGUGUUUAAGCGAGAGAUGCAUUAACCAUUUAAUAUAUUUCUGUUCUAUAAUCCUGUACUAUUUCAAGUAACACUGCAUAUAUGUAUGCGAAUUUUUAUUUCUUGACACCUUGAAUAUUGUUUUUCGAAUAACAGAUGUUAUAAGAACGAAAUUAAUUUCAAUAAUUAUAAAGAAACAGAUCCAAACAGCCACAGCUUAAGCGAUGGUUGAGUUAUUUUCAAGUAAUUGGCGUAGAUAUGUUUAAGCCCUCCGACAUACUGAGGGGGCAUUGUGUAUUCAUUUUUCAGGCCUGCACAUGUUAAUUUUAUUGAAAUUUCUUCGUCCACUACAAGCAUUCUUUCGAAAACUAUUGAAAAGUAUAUUUUUUUAAGUCCUGAAAAAGAUUGUACAUUUAAAUGCAUACCCACUAACACAACACUAAAGACAAACCCAAGGGUUCUUGACAUUUAACAAUGCUGAACAAUUUUUGACGGGCGUAAAUAACGGUAAAACAAACAAAUGAAAUACAUAAUUAUAAUAUUUAAAAAAAUUGUGAUAUAAAAUGUAAAUGCACCUGAAGAAAUCUAUCAAAUGACGCUGUGCCAUCGACAACAUCCACACUUCUAAAUACUGUUAAGGCCGCCAGGAAAAUAAGUUUCCACAAUCAUUAUUUGUUUACGUCCCUCAAAAUCAAUGUCAAGUGCAUCAUCAAUACUUCUAUUUUUCCAAUAAACUGUAACUGUAACACUAAAAACUUCCAUUUAAAAAAACUGAAAAAAAUACAAAAACAAGUAUAAACUUAAAAAAUACCUAUUAUAAAAUCUAUAACUGAAAUCGAGAGAAACUAUGUCAAAACAGCAGCAAUUCGAGUUAAGUUAAAGUAUGAACAUAACAUUUAUAAAACGAGAGCGUCCAGAACAUUUUUAACUAUUGAUCUAUUCCUACAGAAGAAAUUGAGUUUUCAUUAAAAAAUUGGAGAAUUUGGAAAUCGCAUUCGCGUUUAUUUGUUAAGCUGUGAGGAAUGUUUCGAAACGAAACAAAAAAAGUGACUAAGAUACGAUACUACUACACUCAUUUGAGAUGAAAUCCUUAGUUUUCGAAUGUCCGUUAAACUUAUGAGUAAACUUAAGCUGUUGAAAACUGGUUAAACGCUGCUUUUGUGAGUGUCGAAAGAACAAAAGACCAAACAGAAAGAAAAGUGGAAAAAUGUAUAGUUUUAACUGAUAAAACAAAACGGAAUAAUACCAAUAAUUGAAAUUUUUGUAUGACAAAUUUGUUUUAAGAUAAUUGCUGCAAAAGAUAUAAAUAAAAGGAAAAUGAAAAUGCGACUUGGAUAAAAUCAACCUUAAAAAAACGAAAGAGUAGAUAUUGUUUUAUACAUAAAAAAAGUCAAUAAAAAUGCAAAAUAUACAAAAUGUUAAAUCUUGUGUUGUUAGUGUAAAGUCAAGUAUCCGGAAUACAAAUAUUUAAUGCAUAUACGGCCGUAAAGAGAACAUGAAAAAAAGCUCAAUAAACAAAUCAGCCAGC